AUGAACGGAGUAGCCGGUCCUAAGGCGCCCGUGGGCAAGUACGGCCAGCCGAUUGUGCCAGAUCUGGCUGUGCGACACUUGUGCCCCAAUUGUCGUACCGACCCUCCCAACAUCAUCGAGGAGUACAGUCAUGGCGAUCUCACUUUCGCUGGUGAUGAAGGUGGUGACGACCCCUCCCGUGUCGGAGGUCCAAGCAACCCUUUGCUGGGGCAUGCUCCGCUGGAGACGAGCAUCUCCGGCCGCGACGGUCGCACGGGCAUGUCGCGUGAUCUGCAGCGUGCUCAGAACCGAGCGAAUCAGCAGGCUACCGCUACUGCUUCUGGCACCCGCUCCACUCCCGCCCAGCUGCAGGCGGCUUUCUCUCGCAUCAACGAAGUCUGUGACUCGAUGCAACUGCCUCGCUCCAUCGCAGAGCGUGCCCAACACGCCUACGUCAUCGGCGACGAACAGAGCGUGUCGAAGGGCAAGCACCCCGACACUAUCAUUGCCGCGUGCGUGCUCUUCGCGUGUCGUGCCGCCGGCGCCGCCCGUUCGUUCCGUGAGGUUGGGAAGGCUGUCAAGGUACCGAAAGCCGAUCUUGGGAAAGUGUUCAACGAGCUGCGCAUGGUCGUCAUGGCGGAACAGCAGCGUCGCGGAAUCUCGCAACCGCAGGGUUUCAGCAGCGCCAGCGAGUCGACUGAGGGAAUGCUCGGACGAUUCUGUAAUUACCUGGAUCUGGGCAACACGAUCUUCAACGCUUCGAAACAUAUCGCAGUGACGGCCGUGAAGAAAUCCUGCAUCGAUGGCCGCAGUCCGCUGUCGAUCGCUGCCGGCGUUCUCUUCUUCACCUGCAUCCUCUUCGAGAACUCUAGUACCCCGAAGGAAAUCUCCGGCGUUGCUGGAGUUUCAGAGUCUACGAUCAAGUUGAUCACGAAGAAGAUUGCCGAAGACGUAGACAAGGUUAUUCGACCGGAAUGGGUGAGUAACUUACUGAAAAACGUUGCCCUUGUGCAUCGCUCACUGUACCAGAAGACUCAGUACCCGGACGGCUACCGCAACCUGGCAUCUCUGGGGAAAGCUAAGGAGAAGUCGUCGAGGUCCGCCACGCCGAGCCAGCCAGCGGCAGACAAGGAGAAGAAGGCCAAGGACGAGGCGAAGGAAAACGGGUCCAAGCUCAAGAAUGGAACGACUGCCAAUGGCGAUUCAAACGGAAACGAAGCCUCGAAGAAAGAGGAUGUCAAGGGCGACUCGAAGGCGGACACCCCGGAGGUCAUUGUUGUCUGA